CGUGUCAUACAACCACCAACCCACGAAUCCAUCUACCAGCAAAACCAUGGUCUCUACAGAAAGAGCAACAAUAACAGCAACACGGAAGGUAAACAUGCGGAAGGACCGGCACAAGGGGGGCCGCKGCCCGAAGCCUAAGAUGACCAAGGAGGAACGCCGAAAGAAAUACACAGACAUUGCCAGGAAACGCCGGGACAAGCAAAACGGCAUCCGGAACGGCGGGGGRAGAACCAAUAAGAACUCUGUCUGCUACAACUGCCGGCAGCCCGGACACAACGCCGCCGAGUGCCCGAACCGAAGCGGCGGGGGRGAGGGAAGCAGCAGCGGCGGGGCGGUGGCCUGYACCCCCUGCGCGGACACUUCCAUCUGCUACAAGUGCGGGUCGACGGAGCACGCCCUCCACAACUGCCCGAAGCGGCACCGGGGGGACCCYACCGACCUGCCCUUUGCCACCUGCUUUGUGUGCGGAGAAAAGGGCCACCUCGCCUCGGCAUGCUCCAGGAACACCCACGGAAUCUACGUCAACGGCGGGUCCUGCCGGUUCUGCGGCUCCCUCCAGCACCUGGCGACGAACUGCCCCGAGAAGCGAAAGCGAAAGAAGGAGCGGGAGGAACAGGAGAACGAGAAGAGGAGGAACGACAAGGAAAAAGAGCUCCUCGAGGAGGUCUUGAAGGUCGAGGACAACCCCGACAGCAGGGUGUCCAACACCAAGAAGGCGAGCAGGGACAAGGCCAAACAGCCGGCGUCGACGGAACCAAAGAAAAAGAAACGCGUGGUCAAUUUCUGAUCGGGGUGCCCUCGACGGACUGUGCGACCCAGCACCAACACCCCGAUGGGCACCGAUCGCCCCUCCAUUCCGUUGCCGUGCACCUUUGGCAGAGACGCUGCCAGGGAUCGAUGGAAGCAGAAAGGCAUCGUUUGCUAGCUAGCCGUAACUUAUCUGCCGCUGAACCCGACUUGCAAUGCGCAGCACCGAUGGCCCUUUGUGUGCAAUAGAGAGUACUUUACUUU